CCGUCUUCCUCCUCCUCUUCCUCUCUUGAAUACUGAAAAAACCAAGCCAACAAAACAAGCUCUCGCUAGCUCCCUGCCUUCAUGGCUUCUUCUACAGCAGCACUACAACCAAACUACUCCCAUACUUGGGCCAAAGAUUUCGGCUUCUCGUUGAAGUCCAUAUCUUUGAAGAAGAAGAAGCCCACCAGUAAAGCCAAUGUUAUCCACUGCGCUCUACACUCUCCUUCAGUACUUCAUUUCCCCAAACCAACCUUCUCAAACCCAUUAAUUCCCAAAGAGGACACCAAAACCAGCCUACCGCACUGGAAUCUACUCCAGAGAGCGGCUGCCGGUGCUCUAGACAUGGCGGAGGGCGCGUUGGUAUCUCGCGAGCGACAACAUCCGCUCCCCAAAACCGCUGAUCCUAAAAUUCAAAUUGCUGGGAAUUUUUCUCCGGUGCCGGAACAGCCAGUGCGGCACCAACUCCCAGUUACCGGUGAAAUCCCCGAAUGUAUCAAUGGAGUUUAUCUUCGUAACGGUGCGAAUCCGUUAUUUGAGCCGGUAGCCGGUCACCAUUUGUUUGACGGUGACGGUAUGAUCCACGCUGUUUCUAUUGAUAACGGCUCGGCAAGUUACGCUUGCCGCCUAACCGAAACGCAGAGACUCAAACAAGAGAGAGCGUUAGGUCGCCCGAUUUUUCCAAAAGCGAUCGGCGAACUACACGGUCACAGCGGAAUUGCUCGUCUUCUUCUCUUCUACGCCAGAGGACUGUGCGGGCUAGUGGAUCACAAGAAAGGCAUUGGCGCCGCGAACGCUGGCUUGGUCUAUUUCAAUGGCCGAUUACUCGCUAUGUCCGAGGACGAUCUUCCUUAUCAAGUCCGAAUCACUGAAUCAGGUGAUCUUGAAACUGUUUGCCGAUACGAUUUCGAUGAUCAAUUAAAAUCUACAAUGAUCGCACACCCGAAGGUCGAUCCUGUAUCAAAAGAGCUCUUCGCGUUGAGCUACGAUGUUGUUCACAAGCCGUAUUUAAAAUUCUUCAAGUUUUCUUCUAAUGGUGAAAAAUCACCUGAUGUUGAAAUUCCCCUUCCUGUUCCAACGAUGAUGCACGACUUCGCAAUUACAGAGAAUUUCGUUGUGAUUCCAGACCAGCAAGUGGUGUUCAAGCUUCAAGAAAUGAUCAGUGGUGGCUCUCCAGUCAUAUAUGACGAUAACAAGAAGUCUCGGUUUGGGAUUCUGAGAAAGAACGCCACCGAUGCUAAUGAUAUGAUAUGGAUUGAGUCGCCGGACACGUUUUGUUUCCAUUUGUGGAACGCAUGGGAGGAGCCGGAAUCGGACGAGGUAGUAGUGAUAGGCUCUUGCAUGACUCCGCCGGAUUCAAUCUUCAACGAAUCCGAAGAAUGUCUACAGAGUGUACUAUCCGAAAUCCGGUUGAAUUUGAAAACCGGAUUAUCCACCCGCCGUCCGAUAAUUUCCGAUUCGGAGCAAGUAAACCUGGAGGCGGGUAUGGUGAACCGGAACCUGUUGGGUCGAAAAACCCGAUUCGCUUACCUUGCCAUUGCUGAGCCUUGGCCCAAGGUAUCGGGAUUUGCGAAAGUGGAUCUUUCAACCGGAGAGGUAAAGAAGUAUUUCUACGGCGAUCGGAGGUACGGUGGCGAGCCUUUUUUCUUGCCGCGAGACCCAAAUAGUGAAGAAGAAGACGAUGGUUACAUCCUUGUGUUUGUCCAUGAUGAGAAGACAUGGAAAUCGGAGCUCCAGAUAGUAAACGCCGUGAAUUUACAGUUAGAAGCUUUGGUGAAAUUACCUUCAAGGGUGCCUUACGGUUUUCACGGCACGUUUAUAGAUGCCAAAGACUUGGCGAAUCAAGCAUAGUAAAGAGUGGUUAAAAAGUAGAAGUAACUGCCCAAGUGAGGAGAAAUUACCUGAGAGAGCCCUGAGGAUAGGUCCCCGGAUUCUCCUGGGCAUUAAAAUAAAGACCCACAUCAUCUUUUUUUUUCUUUUUUGUUAGGUGGAUCGCUACUGCCUUGAUUUCUAAUUUUUUAAAAAGGAACCAGUUUGUAGCUCUUGGACAGUUUCUGUUUCUGCUUCUUUUAUAU